AUGAACAUAUUCAAUUUUGUUCACAAUUCCCCAAAGGAUGAGUUUGAGGACUGGGAGAUUAUCUCGCAAGUGGCUGGGGAUUCGUUGCUUGUUUCGCGGAUAUUGCGGUCUUUGACAGCCUCUGGAAUCUUCAGUGUCACUUCGACAGGGACCUACAAGCCAGAUGCCGUGAUUAAAGACCUCGCUCAAGGUGGUUAUCUAGAAAGUCGGAUUUUGAUGAACUUUGAUAUUCAUUUCCAAAUUUACGCAAAACUUCCCCAAUACUUGAAUCAAACCAAAUAUGCAUCCCCCUCGAACGCCUACGCAGGGCCUUUUCAAUCAAUCCUGAAUACAGACCAACAUUAUUUUGAUUGGAUGGAGUCACAUCCGAUCCAGCUCGAUGCCUUUAAUCGUACAAUGCAGGCUGGUGCUAUGCGCGACAAUUCUGCGCGAUGGACCCAGAUAUUUCCUAUCACAGAAAAAUUGAAGAUCUUCGAGAGUCAAAUGGCUUGUACUGAUAAAGGGCUUCAAUUUGUGGAUAUUGGAGGAGGCAUCGGCCACGAGAUAAAAGUAUUGCUGGAUUCAAUUCCAUCUCUUCGAGGUCAUUUUGUUCUUCAAGAUGUAUCAAGUGUCAUCCAAGUUAUAUUACCGGAACUUUCGAGAUCUACGGAUAUACGAUCAGUGCAGGCUAUGGCGUACAACUUUUUCGAGCCACAACCGGUAGUCGGUGCGGAUUUCUACUUUUUGGGCCGUGUUCUGCACGAUUGGCCAGAUUCUCAGGCACGAACCAUUUUGCAGCACAUCCGAGAUGCGAUGGACGAGGACUCAGUGCUUCUCAUCCACGACCGUGUGCUGCCGGACUUUGCUUCCAAUGUUCAUCCUACAGAUGCUAUCAUGGACCUGAAUAUGAUGAUAUUAUUCUCAUCGCUGGAACGAACGGAGAAACAGUUUCGAGCGCUGCUUAGUUCCGUGGGGCUUAAGCUGGUCAAUGUGUGGCGGUCCCCUACGGCUGGCGUUCAUCGACAAGCGGUACUCGAGGCAAUUCGGGCAUGA